GUAAGGGUCUGGCGGCGAGAAAGAGUCUGGUCACGCGAGACUAAACUGACUGAAAGUCUUGGUAUGGAUUUUGUGCGAGGAGCACAGUGGUGUGCAGUGGAGAUCAAUGCUGCUACAAAAGCUGAGAUUCAGAGACAUCUUGACCGAAUCAAUAAUCGAUGCUUUGUGUGCCACCAGCCAGGCCAUGCUGCUAUUGUAUGUCCAAAUGCAGCAGCAGCACCAGCAGCAGCACCAGCAGCAGCACCAGCAGAGGUAGAAGCAGGAGAAGUAGAAGCAGCAGCAGCAGAAGUAGAAGCAGCGGCAGAUGUAGCAGCAGCAGUGGCAGAAGUAGAAGCAGCAGCAGCAAAAGCAGAAGCAGCAGCAGCAAAAGUAGAAGCAGCAGCAGAGGCAGCAGCAGCGAAAGCAGAAGCUGCAGCAGCUGAAGUAGAAGCAGCAGCGGCAAAGGUACAAGCAGCAGUAGCAGUAGCAACAGGAGGUCAUAUUCAACGACAUGCUCUGCAUUACUUUCGUUGUGGCCGUCCUGGUCACAUGGUCCAUAACUGCUAUGCAAUGACUGAUGCUCAAGGACAGCAACUGCAAGAUGACGACUCUGAUUAUUCUGAUUCUGAUGAUGAUGAUGACGACGAUGACGAUGAUUCCUGCUAUCGUUGUGGUCGCUUAGGACACUGGGCUUAUGAAUGUUAUGCAAGAAAACACGUGUCUGGUUACCCCCUUUAAACAACAGCAGGAAUCACAUGCGAAAUCUCCAUGUAACUGUUAGUGCUUUGACAGCUGAUUUACUAUAAUUAUUACAAGCUAGAGAGAUUUCUUGUCGCAUGCUAUUACAUGACUGCCUGCUAGAUGAUACACACUUCAGUUACUUUAACUUUAUACGUAUACCAGCUGAUUAGCCCGUUCUUUCCUCUGGCAAAU